AUGGUUGUUAAGAAAAAUCAUUUUCUGAAGCUGCAACAGCAGACAAUCAAACCUACCACGAGAUCUAUCGAGAGUAAAGGGAAAGUCACGAAAGAGGCAAGUACUCCUGCUGUGGUCGACUCCAAGAGAAAAGGGGGACUCCACUCAACUACUCAAGUUCCAAAACGUAUCUACUUACAAGAACCAAGGAAACCAGAACCAAUUAGGCCAGAACCAAAGAAGCAAGAAGCAGUUGUAAAGAAUGUAGUUAAGUCACCACAAAAAGCUGGAAAGACGCGCGGGGAUUAUGAACUGAAUGCACUCAUGACGAGGAUGGUGGACGACGAACUAAGAGACCUUAUGAGAAAGACUUUUCAAAAUCUCGUGGACGAUGCAGCUGAUGAGACCGAAUGCCGUUUUUCCCAGAUACUGCGGAAUGAGGUUGCACCUGAUUUAAGAAACGUAAUAGGCUUGAACAUAACGAAGAGGUUGCUAAACGUACAUAACCCCCUUUGUGUACAGAUUCAAUUCAAGGGUAAGCCUGAUAAAUUUGAACUACGUGAAUUUCUAAAGAAGUACAAUUUCAUAGGGUUCGCUCGUAAAGCAAUAAAUAUAUUCGCAGCUCAACUAAAAGGUAUCGAUGACUUCGACAGAUUAUGCACCGAGGAGGAAGUGAGAUGCGGUAGUGUUGUAGUAUCCGUGAGUCCAGAGUACAAAUUUACCAGGUGCCCGACAAAUCUUAAAACUAAAUAUAAAGACGUUCAUUUGGAAGAACUUGUAACCAACGUUCAACAAGAUGAAGAAUUAAACAGAGUUCAAAAUAAAAAUAUAUCUGAAACAUUUAAAAGUAUUAAGAGUGCAGAGAAACAAGAAAAAAGUAAUCUUACUAAUGCUAAACUUGAAACUAUCAAAUUGGAAAAGUUAAACGAGAAAAAAGCUGAAGUUCAACCACCUAUAUCAAAUAACGUCGUCAAAAGUAAUAUAGUGACCAAACAUGUCGAAGCCGGUAACAAACCUAAACAAAAUAUUGCUAAUAAAGAAACCACAUCUAAACAAGAGUCUCCUAAGAUAAUAAAAACUGAAAAUAAAAUCGUCACAUCCUCUAAACCAGAAACUAAAAUUACUACUCCACAGAAACGAACAACAGUCACCGUCACAGCUAAAGUGCCCCCUGCUAAAACAAUAACACAAGUGACUCCUACUAAGACUCUAUCUCAAGUUUCUCCAAUUAAAAGUGAAACUAAAAUGGACCGAACGAAAGGUGUAGUGAAAGUAGCUCCACAUAAAUCUACUGCUAAAGUUACCCCCUCCAAAGCGAAGCAGCAAAUAUGUUCUAAAUUGGCAACACCAAGGAAAUCAACCGACGACGAGGACGAUUAUGACGAAUUAGAUGACUAUGAUAUUUUGGCAUUAAUGUCUGAAGGAAUUGUGUUAGAUGAGUGCUGUGGGUCUGACGAAGACUAA